AUGAAUUUGUAUGAAGAAUUGGGAAAUGCUGCUAUAAAUGAGGAAAAUAAAGGAUUCAAAAAUUUAAUUCUUAAAAGCGAACAUUUUAUUGAUAAUGUACUACAUCAACAACUUAGAGAACGACAGAAAAAAAGGGAUGAAAUAUUACAAGAUAUUUUUGAUAUGGAAAUUCUAAUAGAAAAUCUUAAUUUGUUUAUUAAUACAAAGGAUGAAAAAGAAAUAGAAACAUUAACAUCAUUAGGAUGUGAUAGCUACGCAUAUGCUGACAUUUUAAAUAAAAACAAAAUAUUCAUACAAAUAGGAUACGAAUUUUAUUUAGAAAUGACUCUUGAAGAUGCCAUAGUAUUCCUAAAAAAAAAAAUAAAUUUUUAUGAAGAUAAACUGACAUAUUGGAACAAGCAGAUAUCCAAAAUUAAAGCCCAUAUACAAAUUUUGAUGAGAGCUAUCUCAAAUUUGUCUUAA